UUUGGAGGCAAGAAGCGCUGUGCAUUCUGGGUAGGGCACUUCCACUGCGGCCAUAUUGUUUCUUCGUCUUGGGUGAAGGAGACAGAGGAGAUGAAGGGGAUUCGGGGAAUCAGUCAGCUAUCGAGACGCUUCUAUGCGGCUGCCAGACAAAGCCAGUCCUUGGUCGAGCCCCUUGCUGGCCUCAAGCUCUCUCCUGGAGCUGCCCACUCAUACCAGGAUAUCCAUGUGACCAAACUGCCCAGUGGGCUGGUGAUUGCCUCCCUGGAGAACUAUUCCCCCGUCUCUAAGAUUGGAGUCUUCAUCAAGGCCGGCUCUCGUUAUGAGACUCAUGGAAACUACGGGGUCACCCACGUCCUCCGACUGGCCUCCACUCUGACAACCAAAGGAGCUUCAGCUUUCAAGAUAGUCCGUGGUUUGGAAACAGUGGGUGCCAGUUUGGGCGUGUCUUCAACGAGAGAGAACAUGGCUUAUACUCUUGACUGCUUGAGAGAUGACAUGGACACAGUGAUGGAGUAUUUGAUCAACGUGACGACAGCCCCAGAGUUUCGUCCGUGGGAGGUGAAAGAGCUCACGCCCAAAGUACAGUUAGAGAAGUCACGGGCUGCAGAGAACCCACACACAGUUGUGAUUGAGGGUCUGCAUGAAAUGGCCUACAAGAACACCCUCAGUAACUCCGUGUACUGUCCAGACUACAUGGUGGGCAAAGUCAAUCCUGAACAUCUGCACCACUUUGUCCAAAACCAUUUCACAAGUGCAAGAAUGGCUCUUGUUGGACUUGGCGUCGACCACUCUGUGCUGAAGCAAGUGGGAGAGCAGUUCCUCAACAUCCGCAGCGGAUCAGGCACCACAGCGGUUAAGGCUCAAUAUCGUGGAGGUGAGACUCGCCUGCCCAGCUCCAGCCCCCUGGUCCAUUCAGUGGUGGCGACCCACUCGGCUGCUGCAGGCACCAGUGAAGGUCUGGCCUUCGGCGUGCUGCAGCAUUUACUCGGAGCUGGUCUCAAUGUGAAGAGAGGUGCCAGCACCACCAAGUUAUCCCAGGGGGUUGCCAAGGUAACUGCUGACCCCUUUGAGGUCAGUGCCUACAAUGCAGGCUACUCUGACUCUGGUCUGUUCGGGAUCUGGACCGUUUCCCAGGCUGCCUCUGCUGGUGAUGUGAUUAAGGCCGCUCUCGCCCAGGUGAAGGCUGUCGCUGAUGGAGGAGUCACAGCUGCUGACCUCACUCGAGCCAAGGUCCAGCUCAAGGCUCGCUUCCUGAUGUCUCUGGAAACAUCAGAGGGUCUGCUGGAGUCCAUAGGCACCCAGGCUCUGGCUGAAGGAUCCUACCACUCCCCUGAAGAAAUCUCCAAAAACAUUGACAAUGUCUCCUUGACUGACGUCGCUAAUGCUGCCAAGAAAUUUGUAUCCGGCAAGAAGACCAUGGUGUCCAGCGGCAACCUCUUUAACACGCCGUUCGUGGAUGAGAUCUAAAGCCUUCCCUUUCACUUCAAAAUGUACCCUUAUCAACAGCAAAUCAGAAUUGGUUCCCUCUACAUUUGAAGAAAAGCCAGGGGUCAUCAUUUUGCAUUGCUGUUCUUAUGAUAUAUGACAUGUCAUAACUCCUCUGGGUAUUUAUAGGUGUUGUAACAGUAUAAUUUCAGGUUAUUCUGCUCUGGUGCAUGGCAGUAAUCUGAUCCACUCAUCUGUCCACAUUUACUGUAUAGCUGAUGUAAAAUAAGGAAUAAAUCUCUAUGGACCUUA